UGAAACUGUCUGUGUUAAUUAUACUAUUGUCGUUCAUCUUACAAGUCAACUGUGGAGUUCUCGUUGUCCUGGAAUCGAAAGAGAAUGGGACAGAAGCGGGUGAACAGCGCAGCGCAAGAGUUCACAGAGUUGCCAGCAACGAUUUUCACGAAACCGGGGAUGAUAUUUAUGUGAAAAAUGCCAUGGACCCCGAGACAACAGAGCAAACGCUUGCAUUGAACAAUAGGAAACGAGAAAAGUUCGCUGAGCGAGCUGAUUCGACUCACAGUGAGACGGAAUUGUUUAAGUACUUAAAAACCGUUUUGAAAGAUAUGUCCCGUGACGGUGCCGCCGUUGCGUCGAAGAAUGUUGACCUCGAAUUUAACGAGCGAACGGAAGUAACCGAAUCACCAACGUCCAUUAAAUCGCUGCCUAGGAACGCUAUCAUUUCGACGAAUCUGCUUAAUUUGCCAGAGGACAUGGAUAUUUAUUACUCGAGCGGCCAGAACUUCCAAAAAAGCACCAAGACUGGACACGACUACUCUGCAAAAUCAAACGACUCGGAGCCAAAGAUGAUAAAGAACAUCGAGCAAUAUCUCGACAGACUGCUGACAGAUAUCCAGAAUCAUGUGACAUACAUUCGCAACAUCCUCGAGAGACUUUGCUGGAAACAUCGUUCGAAGUCGUUGUCUCAACCGGAAGGCGACAUCUUGAAGCAUCCGCCAGCAACGAUUCAACAGAAACGAGCUUCGACAGUUUAAAUCGUAUUUCAAACGCAGCCAGUAAAACGUACUUAAUUAAAACAAUUGUCGUGAAAAUGGUUGCAACAUUAAACUUAUAACGAGAGCGAAUCGUCGCCGCCGUAUAUUAAACCUUAUUUGAAUACACUGCACGAAAAAAAAUA